AUGGACUCCGAGGGCGACCCGCAGGCGCAGGCGGAGCAGAUGCUGAAGAUGAAGACGGCCAAGAUCCGCAAGGCCAGGGACCCCGUCAAGGCUCGCAAGCAGAAGGAAGCCCAGCGGCAGCUGAAGAACAUCAAGCUCAUGGUAACAGACAAGGAUGAGGACAUCUUCUUUGAUGACGUGGCGGGCAUCGGCGACGCCAAGGUGGAGCUGCAAGAGAUUGUCGACUUCUUCCUCAAGCCAGAGGCCUUCCGCGGCUCCGGCUCCCGCAUCCCUCGCGGCGUGCUGCUAUGCGGCCCGCCGGGCACCGGCAAGACGCUGCUGGCGCGCGCCGUGGCGGGCGAGGCCGGCGCCACCUUCAUCGCCCUCAACGCCUCUGAGUUUGUGGAGAUGUUUGUGGGCGUGGGCGCCUCCCGCGUGCGAGACCUGUUCGCCCAGGCAAGCCCAGGCCCGGGCGGCUGCGGGGUGGCGGACGGUGGCUGGCGGGCGGGGGCGCGUGCCCAGGCCCCCGCCAUCAUCUUCAUCGAUGAGAUCGACUCUGUGGGUCGCAUCAGGGGCGGCGCCAAGGGCAACGACGAGCGCGACCAGACGCUCAACCAGAUGCUGUCUGAGAUGGACGGCUUCGACUCGGAGCUGCAGGUCAUCGUCAUGGCCGCCACCAACCGCCGCGACAUCCUGGACCCCGCCCUCACCCGCCCCGGCCGCUUUGACCGCAUCGUGUACGUGCCUCUGCCCGACUACUUUGGGCGGAUCGAGAUCCUCAAGGUUCACUUGGAUAAGAGGCGGUACGCCGAGGACAUCGAUUUCCACGACCUGGCCUUUGAGACCACCGGCUACAGCGGCGCGCAGCUGGCCAACCUUGUCAACACGGCGGCCACGGUGGCUGCCGCGGCGGGGCGCACAGAGAUACACAAUGAGGACCUGGAGAAGGCCAUGGAGUAUGAGCGGCUGGGCCCCGAGCGGCCCCGCUACAGCGACCCCGCGCGGAGGCGCAUCGCGGCCAUGGAGGCGGCUACGGCGCUGACCUGCACCCUGCUGCCCGCCAUCGAGCCUGUGCUGCUGACCACGAUCGUUCCUCGAGAGAAGAACCCUCUGGGCCAGACGGUGGUGAAGGCGAACGAGGGGCGGGAGAUGACGGGCCUGUGGACGCGGCGCUACCUGGAGCAGCAGCUGCUGACCGUGCUGUCCGGGCGCGCGGCCGAGGAGCUGCUGUACGGCGCGGACGAGGUGUCCACGAUGCACCAGCUGCGCCUCAUAGAUGCCCGCAACAUCGUGCAGAAACUGGUUGUGUCUGCUGCCAUGACCGAGAACGCGGCCAUCGGGCCGCGCACCAUCUCGGUGUCGCGGCGCGUGGGCGCGGGCCUGAUGCAGGCCGUCACCCGCAACGUGCCGCCGGAGCUGCAUUAUGAAGCUGACAGAGAGAUGGAGGAGCGGCUGGCAGAGGCGUAUGCGACUGUCAAGGAGAUGCUGGGGCGCAACCGGGAGGCGCUGGAAAAGUUGAUGGAGGUGCUGCUUGAGCGGGACACCCUGAGCGGGGAGGAGGUGCGGGCGGUGGUGCAGGCGCACGCGCACAAGGCGGACCUGGAGCGGCGCUCGGCCGAGGCCGCCGCCUUCAUGUAG